ACCGGAAAAGCAAACCAGAGCUCCUGAAAGAAGGCAAAAGAUUAAUUCAAGUGUGAAGAAGAAACGGAGUUUGAUUCUACGUAAUAAAUAAGUUCACACUGCCUUUGCUUCUUCUGUUUUUCGAUUUGAUUCGAGCACUGGCUUUUUGCCUUUUGUGUGGGAAAGAGACUACUGAUAUAUAAAGGUUUCUCCUUUAAGACUUGGGGGAAGAGACUGAUCUAUAAAGAUUCUCGCAGGACUUAAACAUCGCUAUGCCCUUCACUUGCUUCACACCAACGCUUCCUUUAUGCUUCAAAGAUUCUGCAGCUCUGAUUGCUCCAUAAACUUAGGGAAACAUGUGGCGGUUGAUAAAUUACAAGAGAGGAGAAGAAGCAAGAAAACAUGGAACACCUUGUUUUUUUUUUUUUCACUAAAGUCUCUUACCGUUUCUUGUAUUUGACCUUUGACAAGUUCUUGACCUAUACUCUUUGCUACUCCCACCCCUAUAUAUAUUUAACCGAAUCGAGAAAUGAUUUUGUCAUUAUCAUCAUUGCAUAUGUAUCUAUAAUAGAACUAACUUCUUCCACACGUUAUAACAUACUAAUCCCUCCUUAGCCUAAACAUAGUAAAAUGACUAUCUUGUCAAAUCCUUUGUAUUCGAAGGUGGACAUCUCUUCUUCCUCCUCUGUCUAAAACACCAAACUUCUUCUUUUUCUUUUACACUUUUAGCCUAAACGGUUUCGCUUAUAUACAAAAUCAUAUCUGGUGGAUACACACAUCUCUCUGCAUCUGCUGGGUUAUAUAAAGAAUCUGUUACCUCUUCCUUCUUCAUCUUGCAUCUCUUGUCCUAAUUAUAAUACAGGAAUCACAGAUUGUUUGGUAGAGACAAUGCAGAAAGUUUGCUGGCCUUACUUUGAUCCUGAUUUUGACAAUCUUGGUGAACGCAUUUACGGUCCACCAUGCAGGGUCUACAUAGACAACGACAGCAUCCAAGAUUGCACCGUUGUGAAGGUGAAUAGUGAGAACAAGCAAGGACUUCUUCUAGAAGUGGUGCAGAUCUUGACAGACAUGAAUCUUAUCAUCACCAAGAGUUACAUCUCUUCUGAUGGCGGAUGGUUCAUGGAUGUUUUCCAUGUUAAAGACGAGCACGGCAGUAAACUCACUGAUAAAACCGUCAUCAACCACAUCAAACAUGCCAUUGGCACGAGUAGGCGAGAGUCAGACUCUGUAAAAGCCAGUGAAGCCAAUGAGAACGCAAACAACAAUCCUUUGGAACCACCAUUGAUUGAUCAUGGUGAGCACACAGCGAUAGAGAUGACAGGAACAGACAGACCAGGCCUCUUCUCAGAGAUAUUCGCCGCUUUCGCCGACUUACACUGCAACGUCUUAGAAGCUCACGCUUGGAGCCACAACGCUCGCUUAGCCUGCAUCGCCUACGUCUCCGACGACAGCACUCACGCCCCCAUCGACGACCCCAGCCGCUUGGCUUCCAUCGAGGACCACCUCAGCACCGUGAUCCGCGCCACAGCGGAUCCCGCCUCCAACUCGACGCACGUGGGGCACAAGGAGAACGAGACGGAUAGGUUUCUUGCUGGACAAGGCAAAGGGUGUAUGAACUCCAACGUGGAGAGACGGCUGCAUCAGCUGAUGCUCUCUGUGAGAGACUUCGACGAGCCGUUCUGUGGUGCUUCGUCGCUGUCGCUGUUUUCGUCUAAGGUGGAGUACUGCGAGAGGAAGACGACGAGUGUUUCUAUUGGGAGUUGCGAAGAUAGAGGGUAUUCGAUAGUGACGGUGAAGUCUAAAGAUCGGAGGAGACUCAUGUUUGAUACGAUAUGUACUUUGAUUGAUAUGCAGUACGUUAUCUUCCACGCUGCUCUACGGUCUGAUGGUGCUGAUGCUUUUCAGGAGUACUUCAUCAGACACGUCGAUGGACGUGCGCUGAACACUGAAGGAGAGAAGGAGCGUGUGAUGAAAUGCCUUGAAGCUGCUAUAGAACGUCGUGUUUGCGAGGGGGUGAAGUUGGAGCUAUGUGCAGAGAACAGAGUUGGCUUACUCUCUGAUAUAUCUCGUGUGCUACGUGAGAACGGCUUGACUGUUGUUCGUGCAGACGUGGAGACACAGGGACAGAAGUCUCUCAACGCUUUUUACGUCAGAGACAUUUCCGGGAACAAGAUCGAUAUGGAGUUUGUGGAGUCAGUGAAGAAAGAGAUGAGACCUAUCCACCUCGAGGUUAAGAAUGAAGACAGACCAGAAGACAGACGUGAACAGCUAGCCUUGGCUGCACCUCAACAGCAACCACAAGUACACCGUUUCUCGCUCGGUGAGAUCCUAAGGUCGCAGAUAGAGCGACUUUCACACAACUUCGUCCCGACCAAAUGA